AAGGUGGAGGUCGUUCCUCUCAAGAAAUUUUGGCCUUUCAGAUUUGCAAUGGCGACGACCGAGUCCGGGGCUUUCGAGGGCAUAAAAGUGAACAUACGAGCUACUCUUGAGCUACAGGGGCCAGAUAUGACUGGUAGAGCUCCAAAUUUAAGGUUGUUCCUCUCAAGAGAUAUUAACUCUUCAGCAAUGAGUGGCCAUAGUACAGCAUUCAUUGCCCGGAAUCGAAGAUACGUUUUGCAGGCGGCGGUUGGCGAUUCAUGCAGGGCAUCGAGGGUACAAAGCGGGCUAGUCAUGUGGGGCUUUCGAGGGUCUGGUGUUUCUUUUGUGAACUCCUCUGGAAAUUUCAUCUUCAUUCCACAUUGUCCCCCCGAAUUGCCUACACCAUAUCCCACCGAUCUCGUUCAACUCAUCCCCCAAACUUCCGGCUUCCAGAAUCAUACAUAUCCACGCUUCAAUACAAAGACAACUUCAACCAAGAGACAUGGCUGGAAUAAUUGA